AUGUCGUCGGCUCCUGCCGCCACUGCCGCCGCCCCCCAGCGCCAGAUCCGCCUCUUCACCCUCGACGACGUCGCAAAGCACGACCGCCCCGACGACUGCUGGCUCAUCCACCGCGGCAACGUCUACAACGUCUCCGAGUUCGUCGAGGACCACCCGGGCGGAGACGACCUCAUCCUCAGGUUCGCCGGCAAGGACAUGGGCGAGAUCAUGGACGACCCCGAGGAGCACUCCCACUCCGACUCGGCCUACGACGUCCUAAACGAGUACCUCGUCGGCCGCCUGCCAAAGACGCCCGAGGAGGAAAAGCUCCUCGCAGACCGCGACAGCAACGCAAAGGCCAACGGCGGCGGCGGCGCAAAGUUGGCUGCCGGAGAGUAUUCGGGCAAGGACGACAGCAUCAUCAUCACCGCCGACUUCCACCCCGACGAGACCGACGGCUCGGCCGACUUCCACAAGCACCACUUCCUCGACCUUUCGCGCCCCCUCAUCCCCCAGAUGUGGAACGCCACCUUUUCAAAGGAAUUCUACCUCGAGCAGGUCCACAACCCGCGCCACCUCAAGGAGCCCGCCCGCCUCUUUGGGCCCGACUUCCUCGAAAUGUUCACGCGCACCCCGUGGUACGUGGUGCCCAUGAUCUGGGUCCCCAUCGCCGCCGCCAUCUUCUACCGCUCCGCCACCCAAUUUGCCGUCCGCAACGCCGCCCACGAGCUCGCCGCCGCCCACGCCGGCCUCAAGGGCGGCUCGGCGCUGCCCCUUUCGCUCGCCUCGUCGUCGGCGUGGAGCGUGGCCGUGACGCAGACGUUUGCGUGCUGGGCGGCGGGCGUCGUCAUCUGGACGCUGCUCGAGUACACGCUGCACCGCUUCCUCUUCCACAUCGACGACGUGCUGCCCGACCGCCCCUUUUUCCUCAUGCUCCACUUUCUCCUCCACGGCGUCCACCACUACCUGCCCAUGGACCGGCUGCGGCUCGUCAUGCCGCCCCUCCUGUUUUUCGUGCUGAGCUACCCCUUCACCCAGCUCGCCCACACCCUCUUCCCCAACCGCAUCGCCAACGGCCUCAUCUCGGGCGCCUUUAGCAUGUACGUCGUCUACGACUGCAUGCACUACGCGCUCCACCACACCAAGCUGCCGCAGUACAUGCGCGAGAUGAAGCAGUACCACCUCGAGCACCACUACAAGAACUUUGAGCUCGGCUUUGGCGUCACCAGCAAGCUCUGGGACUAUGUCUUUGGCACCAUGCUCUGA